AUGGCUUCAAAAAGUCCAGGCAAACUUAAAGAUUAUAUAGAGAAAUUAUACAUAUCAAACCUCCAAAGUGAAGAUUUAUUAGAAUUAUUGGUAAAGGUAAUGAAAAUAAUUAAUAAGGCGAUUGACAAUACGAAACUAUCAGAUAAUUAUUUAUCUUUACUUGUCCAUCUUAUAGCAAAGGCUUCUACGUGUACGGCACAGAGAAGGAAACAGGAUGUCUUUCAGCUGUUGAAUAUGCUGUCGGAUUCUUCACUGAUCACAACCAGGAGUAUCCCAUUGCUUGUGGGGGUAACAUGUAACAACUCACGUGAUCAUGAUUUUCAUUGUUUGUUAUCCGAUUACUUAACAAUACUUCAGGAAUUAUACUUACGCAUGCCUCAUUUGUGUACAACUCCACAAGUUAUUGGACUUGUAGAAUUUUUGAAAGAACAAGUAAACGAAUGUGAUGAUUGCGAAGACAAAGAUAAGAUGGUUGACAUUGUGUUUGAAUUGAAGAAUGACAUUAUGAAGAUCGCAGAAGAACGAUCAAAGCCAAAACAUGUUAAAAAGCAAGACAUAGAAGACAAGUUUGCUCCUCCAGAGGAUUUCCGAACUAUGUCAGUUAUUCCGGGACAAAUCGAUGUUUUAUACGCUCCAAAUUUCCUAAGACGAAACAAAGUUUUCGGGAAGUAUUUGGAUUUAGAUCAUUAUUUAGAUGUACAGUUUAGGUUGUACAGGGAAGACUGCGUGUCACCUCUUCGAGAUGCUCUCCUGGAAUUCAAGCAGAAAGAUAGAGAAAUUCGGAGCGGAAAAUUUAGAUUGGAAAGUGGUCUUGUCUAUAGGAACGUGUUAGUAGUGAACCAAAGCACCUCUAUCGAUUCUGGGGAAGUUUUUGAACUAAAACUAGACCCGGACCAUUGUAAAAAGAUCAACUGGAUAAAAUCAAAGAGACUUAUUUAUGGUGCUUUAUUGCUUGUUUCUUUUGAUCGGUUCAACACAAUUUUCUUCGCUGUUGUAGCUGAAAGUGAGAGAGAAACUUUACAAAAUAAAGGCUGCUUUGCUGUACAAGUUUUUAAAUCGGGCAACAGCUUCAAACUUCCAAGAAAUGAAUAUGGUAUAAUGAUAGAGGCGACAUCAGCGUAUUUUGAAGCUUACAAACAUGUACUAAAAGCCUUACAGCGCAUUAAGGAGGAAACGUUCCCCUUUCAACGAUAUCUCGUUCUCUGUGAAAAAGAUGUUAGUAUGCCAUCGUACAUUUUAAAAGAUUGUGUAUAUGAUCUAAGACCUUUAAUUAAAAAUUCCCGUAUUGACAUAGAAAACGCUCAACGUGGAAAUCGAAGAAUUGGUAUACCUAAACGGACACCAACAAAUGAUGUAAGGUUGUUUCAGGAAGACUGGCCGUCAACUGCUGUAUUAAGGAUGGAUGAAUCGCAGAAGAAAGCGUUUAUUUCAGCACUUACAAAAGAAUUUGUGCUCAUCCAAGGUCCACCAGGAACUGGAAAGACGUACCUUGGAUUACAAAUUGCUAAAGCAUUACUGCAUAAUAGUAGCAGAUGGUUACAAGUGGAUUCCAUUGGUGUGGAUGAUGAGGAUCCAAAACCUAUCCGUAACGCGCGAAGACCUGCAGCAUUACCGAAACCGUACAUGUUAGUUGUUUGCUAUACAAACCAUGCAUUAGAUCAGUUUGUUGAAGGAAUUGUUGAUUUUAUGCCGGAAAAUUUAUUUGAUGGUCGUUUCCCCAGAGUAGUAAGAUUUGGAAACCGUUGCAAAAAUCCUAAAGUUGAAGAACUUUCGAUAAAAAAUUUACGGAGAAAAGCUCGACGGGAAUUUGAUAAUCCCCGAGCUGGUGUACUUGAAAAAGCAACAACAGCUAAAAGGAAAAUAAAAGAGAUUCGGGAAACAAUCGAGGCAUUACAAAGCAGAAAUAUUGUUUUAUGGUUCAAUAUUUUGAAAUGUGUCCUUUCAGAAAAUCAUGUAAAUCAAUUUGGAGACAAUAAAAGUUCUGUUUGGUUGCAGUGGCUACAUGUGUUAGAACAGUCAUGGUAUAAAGAAGUGAACAAGCAUUAUCAAAACCAACAAACUGACAAAGAAAUCAAAGAUCAACUUAUUGCGAUUGAGACUGAACAUAAAGAGGAAGAAUUAAUUACGGUGAUUUCUGAGUCAGAAUAUGCAUACAACGAGCGGUACUUGGAGGUUGAUGAUGUUGGCUUUUCGCUCAAUACUGAUACUAUCGGUCUCGAUCUGGACAUGCAAUAUGAAAAUCAGCUACAGAGAACAAAAAAACUUGAAGAAAAAUGUCGAUUAAUUUUGCGUUUGGAAAAAGAGAAAGCAGCAAAGGAAUUGCAUUAUGGCGAAAACAUGUCAGAGGACCAAGUCAUUGACGUAAAAAAUAUCUGGACACUUUCUAUGGAAGAUCGUUGGAAAAUGUAUAGGUAUUGGUUAAUGCAGUACAUUAAGAUACUUCACGAGCAGCUGCGCACCAGUGAACAGGAAUUUAAUGAGAUAUUUGACGACUACAUGCGUGCCAGUAAGGAAUUAGACGAAUUUAUUAUGCAACAGACAACCGUUAUCGCCAUGACGACAACCAAUGCAGCGCGCUACAGCGAAUCCUUACACAAAGUUGGACCUCUAAUCACCAUAAUUGAAGAAGCAGCUGAAGUACCAGAAGCCCAUAUUAUUACUGCAAUCAGCCCAAGAUGUAAACAUUUGAUUUUGAUUGGGGACCACAAGCAAUUGGAACCAAAACCAGCCGUUUAUGAUCUUGCCAUUAGAUUUAAUUUAUCUGUCUCCCUGUUUGAAAGAAUGGUAAAGAAUGACUUGAGUUACCACUGCCUUCAACGACAACAUCGAAUGAGACCAGAAAUUUCUGAACUGGUACGCCACAUAUAUGAUGUUCUUUAUGACAACGAAAAUGUAUAUAAAUAUCCACCGAUUAAAGGAAUACGGAAGAGUUUGUUCUUCAUUACACAUAACAAAAAGGAAGCUUUCAAAGAUGAAGGAAGAAGUUUCUCAAACGAAUACGAAGCUGAAUAUCUCAGAGAAGUUUGUCUUUACCUGCUUAAACAGGGAUAUAAACCAUCUGAUAUUACGAUUAUUGCAGCAUACACUGGUCAGAUGUUCUGUUUAAAAGAAAAAAUGCCUAGAUCGAAAUUCGAAGGAGUGAACAUUUGUGUGCUUGACAAUUAUCAAGGCGAAGAAAAUGAAAUCAUUCUUUUAUCAUUAGUGCGCAGCAAUGCCAAAGGCGAUAUUGGAUUCUUAAAUCGGGAAAACAGAAUUUGCGUUGCUUUGUCAAGAGCUAAACAAGGUCUUUUUAUAAUAGGAAACAGCUCGACAUUGACAAUGAAGUCUCACCAUUGGCAGGCUAUUAUUAAAAAACUACAAAUUCAGGAGGUAGACAGCGAUGAAAAUGAAACAAUUCCUAAAUACCCAUCGCUUGGAAAGGCAUUGCCUCUGUACUGUCAAAAUCACCCAUCCAACGAAGGAAUUCUGGCCGAGUCGCCUAGUGACUUCAAGAAAGUAAAAGAUGGAGGUUGUGAUCUUCCGUGUGAAUUUCGAUUAUCAUGUGGACAUGCAUGUCGAUACGAUUGUCAUCCAUUUGACAGGGAACAUAAAACAUAUAAAUGCAAAAAACAAUGUUCACAGACUUGUGAAGAAGGACAUAAAUGUCGUAAGAGAUGUCAUUUUGAUGAUUUAUGUUAUUGUAGUGUAGUAAUGACACGGGAACUAAAAUGUGGACACACAGCUAAUCUUCAGUGCCAUGUGGAUUAUUCUAAAUACCUGUGUCCAGUUGAAGUAACAAGAACUUUAUUAUGUGGACAUGCUGCAACUAUGAAAUGCUGCAUCGAUCCAGAUACUAUUCUCUGUAAAGUCAUUGUUGACAGAGAACUAGAAUGUGGACAUACAACACAGUUAAAAUGUCAUGUUGAUCCAAAACGCCACAAGUGUGUCACAGUCCUAACAGAGACACGAUCAAAGUGUGGACAUGAAUUUGAACGUCAGUGUCAUAACGUCUAUUAUGAGAUAUUAAAUGAGUGUAGAGUUUUGAUCGAAGAAAAACGAUCCUCCUGCGACCAUGUGAUUGAACGGUAUUGUUUCGACACCAAGUUUGAAAUGCGUGUUAAGUGCAGCGUUACUGUAACAAUAAACAGAACAUCAUGUGGACACGAAUAUCAAAGGCAGUGUCAUGACCAAUUGUAUGAGAUGACUCAUGAAUGCAAUGACAUUGUAACGGAACAAUGGUUAUCGUGUGAACAUAGAUAUAAAAGAUAUUGCUAUGAUUCUAACUAUGUUCAGAGUCACACAUGCGAGGUUGUAAUUCCUGAUAAAAGAGAUGAUUGUGGUCAUGAAUAUAUAAGGAAAUGUUCUGAUACGAAUUACCAGAAGGAAAACAAAUGCAGCGUCUAUGUAGAAAAAUAUUUUCCAUAUUGUGGCCAUAAAAUAAUGCUCCCAUGCCAUCAAGAUGUUACAUUGAUUAAAUGUAAAGCAAAUGUUACCACUGUCUUCGAAUGCAAACAUUCCAAGUCACACGAAUGUCACAAAAGUAAUUCAAUCAAAUGUACCGACAAAUGCAAUGAAAUAUGCAAAAACGGUCAUCAGUGUAUAAAAUCCUGUCAUUUCCCAACUUCCUGUGACUGCAAAGAGCUCAUCAAAACCAUUUUAGAACGCUGUAACCAUCAACAAAGUAUCCCAUGUUCAGCCGACCCUAAAGUAUAUCCUUGUAAAGCAAUGGUGAAGAAAGUUCUUAAUUCAUGCGGCCAUACUCAGGAAAUGGAAUGCCAUAUAGACCCCGAAACAGUAACCUGUAAAUUUGUAGUCCUAAAGUCUUUGCCUAUAUGUGGACAUAGGAAAAUGGUUUUAUGUUCAGCAAAUGUUUCAGACGUAAAAUGUACCAUAGAGGUUAAAAUUGAGUUGGAUAAAUGCAGACAUUCAGCUUCGAUAAAAUGCUGGGAGAAAGUAACAAAUACUUUACCAGAAAUUAAAUGUUCAGAGACUGUAACACACGUGCGCUCCGACUGCCGACAUAAGAUAACUUUACAAUGUUGGAAAACAUCAAGUAAAAAAAUACCUAAAUGCAAAGAAUUCGUAGACUUGACACUAGCAUGUGGUCAUUUAAUAACAAGCGUAUGCAGUGAGUCGGAGGGCAAAAUAUGUGACCAGAAGUGUGAAAUAUCAUUGCCAUGUGGACAUCCCUGCCCUGGGUCAUGUUAUGCAUGUCGAAAAAAUUCCCGCCAUAGUGAAUGCGAAAGCCACUGUGAAAAAGAAUUGUUAUGUGGUCAUGCCUGUCAAAGUAAAGCUUGCAUGAAGUGCAGUCCGUGUCAAAAGUCUUGUGUAUUUGCAUGUUCGCAUUCGAAAUGUCGUUCUAAAUGCACUGAUCCAUGCAAACCGUGUAAGGAAAACUGUCCAUGGGAGUGUAAACAUUAUAAGUGUACACAAUUAUGCUUUGAAGAAUGCAAUCGUCAAAGAUGUUAUCAUGACUGUGAUAAGACUUUGUCUUGUGACCAUCAUUGUCCUGGUUACUGCGGUGAACCGUGUCCACUACAGUGUGCUAGUUGUAAACCGGAUAUGUAUUUUUUUAAAGAUACUAGUAAAGAUAACAAAAUAGUUACAUUGCUACAAUGUGGUCAUUCUUUUGAAAGCAGUUAUCUUGAUGCUCGUAUGGAUGAAAUGACAAAUGAAUUAGUGUCAAAAUGCCCAUGUUGUGGAGAAAUUAUUUGUUAUCAUCCAAGAUAUGAACGGAUUUUGAAAAGGCAAAAAAUGGCACUAGAAGAUGCUAAAAAACAAAUUUGGAAAGUACGAAUAAAUUCCAAAACGCUAUAUCCUGUUUGUGAAGCUGGAAUGCUAAAAUCGUUCGAACGGUAUACAACAAGCAUUGCAACAUAUCUUCACAUUGUUCAGCAAACACAAUGUAAGAAUGACUUUGAAUUGGAAUUCCAACAUGCCGAUAUAUUGACAAAAUCCAUUCUCAAAGUUAUUGAUACAACCAAUGCAACUUCAUUCAAAACUUGCUUACAAUUGUCUGAGAAAAUAUUUCAUUUGCAUAUCCAAUGGAUACUGUGUCUUUUCACAACAAAACCAAAACUACUAGAAAAGUAUUACAUUGCCGAUUGGUUUCCGCCAUUGGUUAAGUCUAUGAGAAAUGCUUCAAACAAUUUCCCGCUCGAACUUAUAGAAUCGAUGGAAAUCAUUUUAGAAGAAAAUGAUGGAAGAUUAACCGACACCAAAGGUCAUCUCACAAUAACCGGCCAUGAUAUAGUUGUAGUUGUAAGCGUGAUGGAGAAACAAAUGAAAAAGAAACAGCUAAAUGAAAUAUUAAAACCUUUUAUUGCUGAUAUGGAAGGCGACGGAUACUUGGCAAAUACCAGAAGAUAUCCAAAAUUACAGAAUGUGGUUGGCAUACAUAGCAGUGGUUGGACAAUAUGUCAAAAAGGGCAUGCUACGUCUAUGCUCAUGGACAGCUCGUGUCACAUAUGUGAAGGUAACGAUAAUCAACAAACAGAAUUCAAGUAUUAUGAUGGACUACAUUUUGCCACACAUGGACUGACAAAGCCAAGAACCAAUAGAGGAAACAAGGCGUCUAUUGGUAGUGGGAAAAGAAGUAUCAUUUGUAAUGAUAAACAAGCAGAGUUUAGCGAUGACGUUGGAAAUAUGAACUCGCCUCAAAAAUUAAAGCAUCCUUCGAGAAACAAACGUAAUAAUGAAAACUUCCGCGGAGGUCGGGGACAAAAUCGUAGAGGUCGUGGGAAGGGAACUGAGAAAACGAUACAGGUUGAAACAGACAAUAUAGGUGGUAAUACAAGUCGUGUUGGUAGAAGCGGAGAAUUUAAAAGAGACAGACAUAGAGAUGAUCAUCAUGACAGAGGAAGUCGGGGAUAUCGCGGCCGUGGACGAGGUCGUGAUGGUAACAGAGGUCGUGGUCAUGAAGACAACAAAUAUGAAAAUGAAAGUCAUGAUGGUAGAAGUCAAGAAUUCAAUCGAGGACAAGGUCGUGGUAAUAACAGAGGUCGUGGUAGGGGUCGUGGAAAUGAAGACAGCAAAUAUGAAAAUGAAAGUCCUGAUGGUAAAAGUCAAGAAUUCAAUCGUGGACAAGGUGAUAAUAACAAAGGUCGUAGUAGGGGUCGUGUUCAUGAAGACAACAAGUAUGGAAAUGAAAGUCGUGAUGGUAGAAGUGGAGAACUUAAUCGUGGACGAGGUCGUGGAGGUAACAGAAGUCGUGGUAGGGGUCGUGGUCGUGGUCAUGAAGACAACAAAGAUGGAGAUGAAAUUCCUGGUGGUAGAAGUCGAGAUUUCAGUAGAGACAGACACCAAGAUGAUUAUAAUGAAAGAGGUAGUCAGGAAUAUCGCGGCCGUGGACGAGGUCGUGGUGGAAACAAAGGUCGUGGUAGGGGUCGUCGUGGUCGCUGAUGAAAACAAUGGAUAAUAGUGUUUUUACAAAUAUGUGCAAUAAGUUAUCAAUAUAAUGUACCAGAAAUUAUCGAUUACUAUCAUUACAGUUAAAUCUGUAAUUAGCUGUUCAUGAUACAAAGAGAUUAGAUUGCAAUGGUUAGAAAUAAAUGGUGUGGAUUCGUUAUUAUUUGUGGGAUACACAUUUUUGUGGAUUUUGGGGGUAAAAGUGAACAACGGUUUUAGGUAUAUCAUUGAAAAUCCAAAUAGUCUAUGUUUGUAAGUAUGAUGUUUUCAAAUUCACCAAAACAAGUAUCGACAAAAAUAUAUUGUUUCCUCAAUAUAUGAAAAUUGCAAUACCCAUUUUAAAUGAUUCAACAAUAUGCUUAAAUACAGCGAAAGUCCAAUAAUUCCUAAUACGAGAAAAUGAUAUUAGGUUAUUUUUUCAGGCUUUACAUUUCGUUCAUUAAAAGUGUUUGGACAGAUAAAUAUUUCAACUUUUCAACUGGUCAAAUCAACUAAGAUUAUCACACAAGCCUUGAUGAUCGCUCUAAUAUUCAAAAAAAUAUUUCCUCAUUGUUUCAAUUAUCAAGUUUUAAAUUUGAUAAUUUGUUAUCAAUAUUCAUAAAAUGCACAAUCUGCCAGUGUGACGAAAAAUAUCUCCACUCUAUGUAUGUGUAAGAAAACAUACAUACGUGAUGAAUUCUGAAUCAUUUGUUGAAAUUAAAAACAAUAUUUUUUUUUUAUUUUAUUCAAAACUAAUUUUAGUAGCCAAGGUUAUCAUGUAAUCAAGAAUUGACUGUAUGACAUUUGCAAGAAUGGGAGCAUAAAGACCCGUGUAUAAAUAUCUUUGUAAUAAAAAUUAAAAAAACAAUGAGGUUGUUUUAAAUGUGCAUGAAAUAUCUGCCACUGAAUGUUAAGCGAACAUAAUCAAUCAUAUUUAUUAAUGAAAUGUUUGAGUUGUGAUUGUUGUAUUCAUGCAUUGCCAUUUAUUUUAUAUGUAAGUUGUAUUUCUUUCAGAUGCUAUAUAAGACUUAUUGAAAUUCUGUUUUAUAGUUCGAUGAAUAGUACUAGUUUUGUUGCAAUUUUUAAAGCAUAUCAAUACCAUAAACAUAAAUAAUAUGUUCAUAUAACAGCCUAAAAAGGCAUAUUUAAUUUGACUGGCGCCAUUUUUAUGAAACUUUAAUAUAAAAGUGUUAGUUAUUGUAGUAAUUGGAGUCAGAGAAGCCAGUGGCAUAUGCCCUAAGCAUUUUUUUUUUAAACAUGUGAUAUUUUUUUCUAUGAACGAAUUUUCUGUUCGGGCAAUUCCCAUUUUGUUUUACUUACUAGUAUUGCUAUUUUAUACUAUUUGUAUAAUUCUUUGCUAACAAUAUAAUUAGGCCUCGUGAUUAUUUUUUGCAGUUUUUUUCUAAGGUUCAAAAACGUUGUAUAAAUUAAGAGACAACUCAAAGGUCAAGUACUUUUAGAUGAACCCAGAAUAUAUGUUCAUUGUUUAUAGGCCGUUUGGUUUCUUAUUUAAAUUGUUUUAUCUUUUGUUAUGUCGGGGCUUUUUAUAGGUUGCUAUGCGGUAUGGUUUUUUUUAUCUUGUUGAAGGCCAUAUAACAUCUAUGUCAUUUGGUCUCUGGUGGAUAGUUGUCUCAAUGGCAAUCAUACCACAUCUCAUUAUUUUAUAAAGCAAUUUAGUCAUUUUUUUUUCAAUGUUCUAAGAUGUUUAGUUUUUUUGUUAGACUUUUUGAAAAAGGGGUGUUUAGAAUGGAUAUUUAUUGUAACAAGUAAUAUCUAAAACAAAUCACGGUCGUUAUUGUUGUUACUACUUUUAUUGUUGUGGUUAUUUUCAAGAUAGUUGAGUUCUUGUUUAACCAUAUUAAUUAUGAAGUAUACACAUGUUAUUUAGUAUCUGAUUUUUACCAGACUUGUGUGAAGCUUUGAUAGAAUGUAGCUUAAAACAAACUAUUGUUUAAUUUUUUCAACGACAAUCAUCGUUUUAAACUACAUGUAUUAUACUAAGAAUUUCGAUUUUCGUGUAGUAUAAAUUAUUGUAUAAGCUUAGAUACUAGUAGUGUAUAAUACUCUAAUUUGAGCUAUAAGUAUGUAAGUUUCAAAAGACGAGCGAGCUAUAGUUUAAGGGCAUACGAUACAGUUACAGGGGAGGUAAGGACGUCGCUAACGUAAAAUGUUAUUUUUUGCGACGUCAAACUGUGACAUAUGAGAAAAGAUGCAUUUUUCAUCAAAUUUUUAUCAUUCAUUCUGUUUUAACUUGAAAGCGAUUCAUGGACUCCUCUUUUUAAAAAUGACAUUUGGCUUGAUUAUAUAUGAAGAUUUUUUGUUCCAAUUUUUAUGAAGAAAUUACCGAUGAUUUUUUUUUUAAUUAGAUAAAUAUACAGCCGAAAAUGCCGUUUUUUGACCAAAUUAUGAAAAUGUGAUAAAAUAAUUAUUUCGAAAGAAUUGUUACACAAAUUCAAAACACACUUAUGUAGAGAAGAUAAUCCAGAUGUUUUAUAAAAAAAUCCUUUUAUGUUUAUCUUUUGAAACAAAUAAGUUAGGUAUGUCUAUCCAAUGGAUAGAAAUAUCAGAGAAACCGAAAUUUUUAGUAAAUGUCUAAAAUUUCGACUCCAUUUUUCUCUAAAAGGAGCACAUGAAGGUAUAUUUUUAUUGCAUAUAUGAAUUUACUAGGUGAAAAAUAGUUUGUUUGCACAUUAUCGUCAAAAAUUCCCCGUGGGAUCGAAACUGUAUCGUAUGCCCUAAAUGUAAUUUGUUUACCAUUAUGUUUUAUGACUAACAAUAUUGCAAAGUAAUUGCAAUUUUAACAAUUAAACUGUCAGCAUUUCUAGAAAUUUGCUUUUCAUUUAUCUAUGAUUUCACCAUUGAGUUACAUUUUAUUUUGUAUAUCCGUAAUUCACCGUUUCAGAAUCUAAUGCAUUAUGGGUAUUUUUUCAAAAGUGUACACUAAAACAUCGGUAUUUGUUAAAAACGUCCUAAACAAUGGAAAUUAAACCAAUGACGUGACUUUAUUUUAAUUUUUGGAUACGAACAAAGAAAUAAACCCAUAGAAUUUUAGAUUCUGAAACGGCCAUUUAUGGUAUACCUUUGUCCAUCCGUUUGCUAUCCAUCUGUCUGUUAUCUAUCCGUCCUUUUUCAAUUCGCCCGGGCACGUCUUUGGAUUAUCUCAAGUAUGCUUGAACGAAAUUAUGUACACAAUGCUGGGUUGAUGACGACUACGUACCUUUUGGUGCUGAGGAUUUUUUUUAGAUAAGUUGUUCCAGAAGUAUCGAACAUCAUUCGUCAAAAAUCAGGCAUGUACGGAAGACUUUUUAAUUUACAUUUUCCAAUUUGAUAUAACAGAUUAUCAAUUUGAUAUAAAAAAUGUGAAUUUCUCUUCCAAAAGUUUUAUUUAAUCAUAAUUAUGUUUGAUUGGAAGAUAGCGUAACCCAAACUGACGCUUUUUUUUGUAUUGAUUGAUUGUUUAUUUGACACCCAGUGACAAAUAUCUAAUGCAUAUUAAAAACUCUGUUAACAGGUUUAAGAUUUCUGAAACCCUCCCACUCCCCUUUUAUCCUUAUCUGGGGCAGUUUUUGGGACUAGCUUCCAGGGAUGGGGUCGAUAACUUUAAAAUGUAAUCGAUUAAAUUACAAUUACUUUGCUAAUUUGAUGUAAUCGAUUACAUUACAAUUACACAUAAAUUCAAAUGUAAUUGAUUACAUUAGAUUACUUUUCUUUUAAAGUAAUCAUGAUUACAUUGUAUACUGUGAUAUUAAAUUAAAACUUUUUAAACAUUUGAUCCUCACAGAAAAAAGCCAAUCUGAGCAAAAUAUUGUGUUUAUAAUAUUUUUUCAAUAUAAACAUGUUAUUUAUAAGAACUUAGAAAAGGAGCAGUGUUAUAUUUAUAUUGUUGGAUGACAUUAUUUAUAUUAUUUUAUUUGACAGGUUUACUUUCAAUGUAAAUGUCUCUGCUUUUUCUGUUAAAGGAAUAACAUUGGUUUUUUUUUAAUAUCUUAGCCCCGAUAUAAAACAUAUUUUCAAUUAAGAAAAAGAAAUCAACAAAUAGUGAUUAUUUUAUGAUCAAGUAGCCUUUAUGUCUUUGCGGAUAAUAUGAUUGACACUUAAAUGUGUUUUUAUAGGUAUUAAUCACUACCUCGAUUUUAUAACAAACAAAAUGUGAGCUUGGGCAAAUAAAAUUAAUUGUUUUGAUUGGAAUAAUCAAUAAAUUUCUAUACAAUUCA